UGGAGCGGUUAGAACUUUCAACUAUUUCAGUCAAACCCCCCCAACAUUCUUCUCUCUUUCUUUCCUUUUUUCUCCUUAAAAAAAUAAAAUAAAAAGUAAAUUAUUCUUCUUCUUACAGGUUGUCUUUGCUCACUCUCUCCCCCCAUCCUCCUUCCUCGGCUACAUCUCCCGCCGUCUCUCCCGUUCCGCCCUUUUUAACUUGUUGGAUGGGCACAUCAUCAGGCUCCAACCACCCUCACCAGAUGCUACCUCCACGUCAUCAGCUCCGAACCGGAGCCCUCGAAACAACUCUCUCACUCGUCUCACACGACGGCCAUGAGCCACGUUCCAACAACAACUCUGACGCCAUCCGCGAGUCUCCAGCCGAGAGCGCCAGCUCUCAAGAAACAUGGCCGCUCGCUGAUCCCGUAACAGCAAAGAAGACGACGGCUGUUAAACAAAAGACAGAGCCUGAACAACAACAACAAACCGUGAUGCACCACGUCUCCAGCGCAGAUAAAGUAUCGGUCCGAGACAUCGCUAGAGAAAGAGUGGAGAUAGUCGCAGAGAGAAUGCACAGGUUACCCGACGAGUUUCUCGAGGAGUUGAAGAAUGGUCUUAAAGCCGUUCUCGAAGGAAACGUCGAGGAGUUCGUGUUCUUGCAGAAGCUUGUUCAGAGCAGAUCCGAUUUCAAGAACUCCGCAACGUUACUCAGAGCCCACCGUUCCCAGCUUGAGAUCCUCGUAGCGAUAAACACUGGAAUCCAAGCGUUCCUGCACCCGAACGUGACUCUCUCUCAGUCAUCUCUCGUGGAGAUAUUCUUACACAAGAGGUGCAGAAACAUACCCUGCCAAAACCAGCUACCAGCCGACGGCUGCCGCUGCGACGUUUGCGCCGCCAGGAAAGGCUUCUGCAGCCUCUGCAUGUGUGUGAUCUGCAACAAGUUUGAUUUUUCAGUCAACACCUGCCGCUGGAUAGGGUGCGACUCGUGUUCUCACUGGACUCAUACGGAUUGCGCUAUAAGAGAUGGACAGAUCACUGCAAAGAACGCGUCAGGUCGUUCUGGAGAGAUGAUGUUCAAGUGCAGGGCGUGUAACCACGCUUCCGAGCUGAUUGGGUUUGUUAGAGAUGUGUUUCAGCACUGUGCGUCGAACUGGGAUAGGGAGUGUUUGGUGAAGGAGCUGGAUUUUGUUAGUAGGAUCUUUCGAGGAAGUGAGGAUCAGAGAGGUAGGAAGCUGUUCUGGAAGUGUGAGGAGGUUAUGGAUAAGAUUAAAGGUGGCUUGGCAGAGACAACGGCUGCUAAACUGAUAUUAGUGUUCUUCCAAGAGAUUGAGUUAGACUCUGCUAAGAGCUUUGAAAACGGAAGUCUGAUAGCACCGCAAGAUGCGUGCACCCGAAUCGCCGAAGUAGUACAAGAGACUCUGAGGAAGAUGGAAGUAGUGUCCGAGGAGAAGAUGAGGAUGUUCAAGAAGGCACGCAUGGCGCUCGAGACGUGCGACAGAGAGCUAGAAGACAAGGCCAAAGAAGUAGCGGAGCUCAAAGCGGAGAGGCAGAAGAAGAAGCUUCAGAUAGACGAGCUGGAGAGGAUCGUGAGGCUGAAGCAAGCGGAGGCAGACAUGUUCCAGCUUAAAGCCAACGAAGCUAAGCGGGAAGGCGAGAGGCUGCAGAGGAUUAUGCUAGCGAAAACUGAUAAGUCUGAGGAGGAGUACGCGAGUAACUAUCUGAAGCAGAGGAUGAGCGAGGCGGAGGCGGAGAAGCAGUAUCUGUUUGAGAAGAUUAAGCUGCAGGAAAGCUCGAGGGUAGCAGCGUCACAGAGCAGUGGUGGUGGAGGAGACUCGUCGCAGGUGUUGAUGUACACGAAGAUACGUGAUCUGCUUCAAGGAUACAAUCUCUCGCCUAAGGUAGAUCCUCAGUCAAACGAGCGUCAUCCUUUUAGAUCCAACCCUUGAUGCUUCUUCCCUUUUAUAUAUAGUUUUCAUAUCCUAAAACUCAUUCUAAACCGAAUGUUUGUAGCCUUAAUAACUCUAUCUACUGCUAUUUUCUAGUUUAUGACAUGUGUUCUCACUUUGUUGA